AUGACCAACUCCAUCACUUCAACUUCAACCUCCAACUCAACAUCUACUUCUACUUCUACUAUCGACAAGCUCAAGGCCUUCACGCACUCCUUCACCCGCAACAAAGAAACCAAAGUCGAUUUCUACCUCAAAAACUACGGCUUCGUGCCCAAGAACGUCAUGACGGAAGCAGAGUGGGCAAAGGCCAGAAGGGAUGCACCAAAGGUCAAGUCGGCUACGGGCCUGAAAGCCACUGCUUACCAGGGACAUUACUGGUGA